UUUCUUCAGAAGAGGGAGCAACUGCCGGAAGGGUUUGGGGGGAUGUGGUUUUGUGUAUCCCAAAGCUGUGUGCAAGAGAAAAGCAUAUCACCAGUGCUUUUGGCAUAUGUUUCUCAUGCUUGAAAGACUCACUGGUGCGUGCUCUUGGACAGCUUUGGAGGAAAAUGCAUUUUCAGAUGCUUUUUGCAUGAUUAGCCAUGAUUUCCCAGUCAGGGCUGCUCUCAAGGAAGAACUCAGUGACAUAGUUGAACCCAUUUGCAGUGCCUUGAGGUGCUGUUGUGCUUGAUUUGAGCAGCAGAGAGCUCUGCCAUUCCCGUUGUCUGCAGCUUAGAUCUGACUGUGGACUCAGUCUACGGCUACACAAUCUAAGUUUUGUGGCCAUAAACAAUAUUAAGGUGGAGAAGACUAUAUAACAGAGCUGGAAUCAUUGAGAGACAUUAUUGAUACCUGAGCUCUGCAUUUUGGGUUCAAUACCUGGUUGAGAGGACCAGAGAUGUCUCCCUGUCAGCAGUGUUGUGUCCCUGGGAAGCAGUGGUUGUAGCAGAGUUUCAUUUGUUUGUGCAUAAAGAAGGGGCUUAGAAAUGCUCCCUGCCUUGGAAUGGUAAGGUUUUUUGGAUUUCAGUUGUGCCUGAAGGUGUGGUAGAAAUAGAAAACAAACUUUGGACUUGUAUUUUGCGCCCUUACUGUAAGUAUGUUCACAAGUGAGAUAAGAGUUACAGCAGAGCCUUUUCCAUGACAGGCUUUUCUGCUGUGAAGCUGUUUAAGCUCUAAUAUUAUGUCUACAUUUGAGGCCUUCACAUGUGUAAGGGUUUUGUUGUUAUUGGGCUGAAGGAUAUUGAGGGCUCAAUCAUUGAAUUAAGGAGUCAACAAAGGGAAAGAAAUGGGUGGAAUAAUACUUUUCUGAUAGCAGUUGCUCUGCAGUGAUGUAAUGUGUUGGAGAGUGUGGGGUCUGAGUGCAAAAACCUGAGCUUGUAUUUCAGUACUGAUUAACAUUCUCUACGUUUGUACAGUUUGGAAUGCUAAUUGCAAGAGCCAAGCAUGGAAAUCAUGGAGUGCAUUUCUCCUGGUGUAAGGAUGACAAUGGAUGCUUUUAUUUCACACUUUUAGGCAGACAUCUUUCCAAGGCCAUGGUUCUGUGGGAGUUCACGGAAAGUGAAUGGAAUAGACCUUGGCUGAAGCUGGCACUGAAAGUAUGGGUUGAGAAAGGGAAGGGAAGUCAACAUCCCUUUGGUGCCAUGAACCUCCCACAGACUCCAACAGUGGCUCAGAUUGGAAUCUCAGUGGAACUGCUGGAGAACCUGGCCCAGCAGACUCCUGUUGCAAGUGCUGCUGUGUCAUCAGUAGAUUCAUUCACAGAGUUCACUCAGAAGAUGUUGGAUAACUUCUAUAACUUUGCUUCCUCGUUUGCUGUUACUCAGGCACAGAUGACCCCAAAUCCUUCUGAAGCUUUCAUUCCUGCAAGUGUAGUUCUGAAAUGGUAUGAAAACUUCCAGAGACGUCUGACACAGAACCCUCUCUUUUGGAAAACAUAAGUUUAAAUUCUGUCAUUUGGAGUUCUUCCUAAAGUGUUAUCUGAAAGAUGCAUCAAGUAACUCCACUGAAGAUUUUCCGGGGAGAGGAGGGGAAAAAUCCAAACAACAAUUAGUCUCAAUAGACAAAACUAGUAACUUUUAUAUUACUCUUAAACAGUAUUUAAAAUUAAAAUAAAUGAAAAUUA